AUGAUUCUUCCACUGUCCCUGCUUCUGCUUGUCAGCUCUGCAUACUCUUUACAUGUACCACUGCAGCGGCGCGCUCAAUCGACCUCAGUGUCGAUAAACAGUAGCGCCAAUGGCAAUUUCGGCUUCACUGACAUGGAAGGCUUUGCUUAUACUGGUACAAUAUUUGUGCAGGGACAGCCGUUCCAGGUACAAAUUGACACGGGUAGUGCGGACUUGUGGGUUGCCAGUCCAGAGAGCGCGUUCCAAGGCCUCCAGAACACAGGGCUCAACAGCACGACGGUAUAUGGUUCGGGUAGCGUAGAGGCCAGUGGUCCAAUUGUGCUGGGAGAUGUUUCAUUUGGAGAGUUUACCGUUCAUGGGCAAGCUCUUGUAAUUGCCACAAACCCUAAUGUCCCUGGACAAGGUCAAUUCACUGGGUUGCUCGGGGUUGCUCCAUUUGGCGCAUCUCGAAUUUGGCAAAAAUCACAAAUGAGCAAUUCUACCUCCUUCGACGGAAAGCCGUUCAUGUACAAUCUCUUCUCAUCUUAUGACGUUGAUUCGUCUUAUAUGACUUUCUAUCUUUCUCGCUCGGAAGUUGGAGUCACACAGGGGGGUGUCAUGACUAUUGGCGAAAUCGUGUCCAAUUUCUCGGCUAUCACGUCUUCGCCUCAGUUACCUCUACUUACUGACACCUUUUGGGCUACACUCAUGGACGGUAUCUAUGUUGACGACCAUUUCUACACCGGACAUUCAACUGUGAUACCGGAUAACUCGACGUGGCACCAGUCGCAUCCAAAUGCAACGGCUGCAGUUCCGGACUCAGGAACCACGUUUGCGUGGGCACCUCAAUACUACGUUGACGCUAUUUACAAGAGCCUUCCCGGCGCUGUGUUCAGCUCGGACAUCAACGGUUAUAUUAUUCCCUGUGACACAGCUAUCAACGUCAGUAUGGUCUUCAGCGGAGUCAAGUAUCCUCUGGACCCUCUCGACAUGUUGAAUAUCAACAAUAUAUAUUCAAAUGGCACGCUCGUGUGUCAGGGCACGUUCACUUAUGCACCAGAUGUGGGCUUAGACUGGGUACUUGGCGACUCAUUCAUGCACAACGUCUACACUCUUUACAAGUAUGCGGAUGUCAACUCCACGAACCCAGCUUCUGUGGAUCAAUACUACCUCCAAUUCCUCAGCGUCACCAAUGCAAGUGAAGCGUGGGCUACUUUCCCCAAGCGCAACCAGAAGCGGCUCGCCCAGCUCAGCCAACAACUCGAAAGCACUGCUACAGCUACUGUUCUAGUCGCGUCCGCGAGCAGUACGUACUCGCUGAUCGCCUCCGACAUCACAGCAACAGCGACUUCAUCGAACGACGACGUUGCUGCCGCGAUGAAUGCAGCCUCUUCUAGCUCGCCAAGCACCGACUACAGCACGCUUAAGCGGAACAGCUAUAUCAUCAUCGGGCUCGUUGGUGGUGUGCUUGCACUCCUUAUUGGCGUGGCGGUCUUGUUGUUCAAGCAGUUGGGGGCAAAUUCAAAGUAUCAGCGGAUUGGUGGUGCAACUGUGCCUCCUGUGCCAUUCAAGGAGACUUAUGGGUCUGAUGCGUAUGAGCCGCCGUCAGAGUCGUUUAGGACGCCAUAUUCGGACCGUGGAUGA